AUAAGAGAAAUGAUAUAUGUGUCCCCUUGAACCAGCUUACCUACACAAGCAUCAAAAGAAUUUCGGAAAGCAGUUGCUGUGUGGAAGUCUUUUGCACGCUCAACAAGACGAGAAGGGAAUAAUUUCCAUGAGUAACAUUCCAUCUAGCGUUUACUAGUUGACCAGAGGACUGAGUCUCUCGUGGAUGUGUGGAACACAAAUCCAAGACCGCUCUAUUUCUGCGGCAAUAGGACCUACCAAGUUGCUAUACAAUUACGAAAACUUGCAAGCAAUCCUGCGAUAAGCAAAAGAGGAUCAGCAGAAGGAGUUGGAGGAGGAGGAGAAGAGCUUCUUUGGGUUUUGAAAGAAAUGGAAGGAGAGAGAGGAGUCCCGAAUUAUGAGCUACAAGUUUCCUUCUCAACUCCACAGGCGAUCCACGAAAUGGGGUUUGUACAAUUUGAGGAAAACCAGGUCUUGAGUUUCUUGGCUCCCGCACAGUCUUCUCAUCAAAUAUCUCAGCCUUUAAACGCCGCCACCAAUAGUAAUAGUACCAAUUCCACCGCCAUGGGGUUUGGUCAUAACGAUCAGGUAGGGACCUUAGAUCCCAAACUUGUAAAUGACGAGAACUGCGCCAGUAACGCCAACGAUGGAAAUAAUAAUUCAUGGUGGAGGAGCUCAGCCUCAGAUAAGACCAAAGUGAAGGUUAGGAGAAAGCUUAGAGAACCAAGGUUUUGUUUCCAAACGAGAAGUGAUGUUGAUGUGCUGGACGACGGUUACAAAUGGAGGAAAUACGGGCAGAAGGUUGUCAAAAACAGCCUUCAUCCAAGAAGUUAUUAUCGCUGUACGCACAACAACUGUAGAGUGAAGAAGAGGGUUGAACGAUUGUCAGAGGAUUGUCGAAUGGUGAUAACAACUUAUGAAGGUAGACACAACCACUCUCCCUGUGAUGACUCAAAUUCAUCUGAGCAUGAAUGCUUUACAUCUUUCUAAUAAAUAGGAUUCAGAAAACCAAAACAAUAUAUUAAAUGUUAUGAAUAGAAUGUAUUAUCUUUUGGCAUCUUUAUCCAAAUAGUGAUUUGAGGGCUUCUCUUAUGGUAAUCAAAUUGGAGACAGGAAAUGCCUUAAGUAUUUUAUAUAACUUCUAGAUAUAUGGUCAAUAUGAUCUUAUGUUUC